GUUAGAGUGACGUACGAACGCCUCGACGUACUUGCGUGCUGACGUACAGCCAGUUUGGAUGUUGGCGCGAGCUUGAAACUAAAUAUCUCGGAUGCUAGGAAAGUAAUGUUCCCGAGUAAAACUUUUAACUGACUUGCACAAUAACAAGGGGGGCACACAGAGCUGAACUACCAUGCUGGAUGGUGGCCAGUUCGUUGAGGCCCUUGGCCAUCUAGGUUAUCCUGGUGCAUCGUCACUGAAGGGCUCUGAGUUUGACUGGCUCUUUGACUGUGCCCCAGAGAAUCUUCACUUCUUGCGCUUCGUCUGUCGGACCCUCAAUCGGAGCAAUGUUCUCACCACAGAGGAGGCACGUGCUUUUCGAGAGCUAAGGAAGUCUGGCAAGCCAAUUCUUGAUGAAACUGCUCUGGGAGAGGUCCUGAAAACCAUUGGACCUUCAGAUAGGAGCAGCACCAGUGUCUUAGGAUCCUCCUUUUCAUCGUCAUCCUCGGUGUUUGCAGCAGAAGGGGAUGUAGCCACAGAGGACUUAGAAGCAGAACUCAAGGCUCUACGUAAAGAAAAAGAGCUGAAGCAAAGACGCUAUAACAGGUUGCAGGUUGCCACCACCUCCCGUGCAGAUGUUGAACUGCAACUUAAUGCAGAGCUUGAGAGGGCUACAUGUAAGCUUAAAGAUGCCAGUGCCUCCAUUGGAGCUGAGAAUGCUGAUACCAAUGCCCUGUUGCAAAACUUAACAGAAGAGGUGAGCAAACUAGCCUCAUUCCUCCCAGUUCAAGAAGCCAAGCCAAAAGGAAAAGAAGAACCUUCAAAGCCUUCUAUCACCAAAAAACCUGCUGUGCUGCUCUCUCAGCUGUCUUUGGAUCCCUUCCUUCAUCAGGAGGAGCUCAACACAAAAACACUCACUGCAUUCACUCAGAAGCAUUUCUUUCAGGGCAUCUCUGACAUUGUUGAGACUUCCUGCUCUGAGCGCUUCCAGGUGCUUGACCUCAGUUCUUGUGAAGACAAGGAGGAGGAAGAAAAUGAGGAUGAGGGAAAAGAGAGGGAGGAGCGAGUGGUGGAGCGCAGGAGGGCAGAGAUGGCCAGACUUCAGUGGUCUCAUAUUGUGGCUCAGCACCAACUGAUGCAGGCUACAGCUGAAGAGAAAAGCCUCAGAGCUGGACUGGACUGGCUCUCUGAGAAGUCCUCUCAUACUAAGAGCAUCUCCACCUCCUCCUCACUACAUAUCCGCGAGGUUGUGUCGCGGAAGGAGCUGCAGACAGUAGAGGCUGAGCUGGAGUCUCUGCUACAUGGACCCGUACCUGCUGCUCUCAGAGAUUCUGCCAGGCUGCUUAAUGUGCCUGUCGUGAGGGGAGACCUGAACCUGCAAGUGGCAAGACAGGACUACUACACCUCAAGACAAAAUCAGAUACGUGACUACCUACUCCGCCAGAAGGCGUCCUUUGACCUUGUGCACCUAGCACAGGAGAUGGAGCUGAGGAGGUGGAGGACAUGUUUUAAACAACUGGGAGAUUUAAGCAGCAGGCUGACAAAGGAAAGUGAGGCUACAACUCUGAGAAUUGAGUCCCUUUCCCACCCUGAUCUUGCUAUCAACUCAAGGCCCAACCCUAUCAUCAGCUGCAAGGAUGCAGCCUUCAGCAGGCUGCUCCAGAUCCUUGACCAUGAUUCAGAUCACAGUCGAUCAGAGCCUUUCCGGACAUAUGAAGCCCUAGAUCAGGCUGCUUGCAACCUUGCAGGAAACCUCCAAGUGACCAGAGAGGCAUUGGCAGGUGCGGACCGUGAACAACUCUACACAGCUGCUCGUCUCUACAGCGACUGUGAUGCGCUCCGCAGGGCGAUGUACACGGAGCUCCAGCAGCUGGUCUUAGGGCCGCAGGUACGUCCGACGGCCUCCACUGACCAGGAGCUGCUCUGUCCCAAUGCACAGGAGCUGACGGCAAAGCUUGGGGAAGCAGAGUCUCAGCUGCAGAGUUUGCAGCUCGUAAUGCAAGAAAUCAUGGGUGAAGUUAAAGCCAAGCGUUCACAGCUGGAGCGCAAUGCCCUCCUCAGGCGUGAGAGGGAAUUAUACGUAUACUUCCACCUGGAUGCCAGACUGCUGCAGAAAAUCAUGGAGGAUUUGGAGGGCAAACCAACUGUGAAGAGGGAGCAGCAGUGAAAAUCUGCCAGAAUUAAUGAAGAAAACUUAACAGUUUAAGGACAAUGUACUACAUCUGUGGCAAGAUGUAUAUCUUGACUAUCCAUGGAGCUAAAUCUGGGAAAACACACAUCUGGGAAAAUUCUGCUAAGCAUUUAGAUUUUGUUUGCAUUGGUUAAAGUAGACUAUUAAGAUUUUUUUUUUUAAUUCAGCGAAUUGUUCUGCCUUGUGAUUAAAUAAACUAAUGUAAUUAUUUCCUUAAGUCUUCUAAUGAAUAAAAGUUAUGAAAGUUAUGUUUA